CCUCGAAGUUUUUUCAGCUGCUCACUGCUCUGGUGCUUUAGUUGAGGAUCGGGCGCCGGCCUUUUAGCAACACUGACAACGCUGUAAGUGCUACAGCCGAGAAGCAACGACGCAAUGGAGUUAGUUCUGACAAGGCUGCGAGACUUUUCAUCUAAGUCGGCCACUUUCAACCACUGCGAUUCGGCAGAAAUGCCACCUUUCAGAGAACAGCAAGAUGACAAGCCAGAGGGCAGAGAGAAGAUAGACAUUGAAACGGCGCUGGCGUGGCUCAGGAAAGAACUGAUGGAGAUGCGCUUCCAAGACCAGAUCCUGAUUAAACAGCUGAUGGACCUGCACUCCGGUAUUCAAGAGCUCAAACAGGAGUAUAGCGGCAUCAGUGACGCGGACUCCGAGAGUGAGACUGAAGACAGCGUCUACUCCAGCUCAGGGACUUUUAUCCAGAAUCAUUUCUCAUCAGGCAUGGCAGUUUAUGACUCGCCUUUUAAGAAAAAUUCGAUCCGAAGGAGCUCGAUACCAUGAGCAACUUCAGAGUCAAUGCUUGGGGUUUCGUUUCUCUAGUUGUCAGUGUCUCUUCUAAAGUAGAAAGGAAAAAGGGGUCAGUGGACUUGGGGGGCUUAUCAUCAUCUCAAUGGCCUGGCAUUCUUAAGACCAUAUGCCAAUGAACAGAACUGCAACGGCAUAUUUAUUUGUAUAGAAGAUGAGACCUUGGUGUCUUUUUGUGGUUGAGGCAUUUUAAUUUGUCCUUUUCAAGAAAAUCAAAAAUCCAAGGUGAGGUAAUGGUGUUUACUGAAUAGAUAUGUGACCAACUGUAGUCUCCCAUGAUAUGGGUGGUAGGGUGCAACAACAGGAAAACCAAACACUAGUCUGGAAUUACAAAAGUGAUAUUUACUUGCAUGAUGCACACAUGAACAGGUCUGGGACAGACAGUAAGUCGUAGACCCCUCUGAACUACGAGAUAACAAAGGAAUUUAGAUGCACUCAAGAAUUAGAUAGCAUUUGAGUGGAGUGCCCUCCCUUGUCAGUAUUAUAUAGAAACAGGUCCAUGACUGCUACACUCUACUCGGAGAGAAGACAUACUGUAUCUGGAUGGCUCUUUUUCCUCAUUGAAGAAACCAGCCACGUCUAACCUGCGCAUCCAGUUCAAGGUUGGGGUAAGUGGAGCCGAUGUUGGUGCAAGUUCAGGGUGUGCCAGUCGACCACACACACACUUCCUCUCAUUCAUAUAAGGAUAAUAAGUACAAAAAAGAAAAACAAGUGCAUAGACCAAUAGGUGUAAGGGAGCAGAGGAUGGGCGCAGUGGUGCGUAAGGGCCAAAUGUAUACAUACUGCAUGUGCAGAACCUAUGAAAGUGUUCACCCCCUUGGACAUUUUCACAUUUUAUUGCAUUUAAUUACAAAUAUAAAACAUAAAAUAAUCGAUUGCAUAAGUGUUCACCCCCACUCCCCCCAAAAACCCUUCAUGUUACUAUUUAGUAAGUGGCAGCCAUGACAGACUUGAAUGCAUAUGCUCAGGUCUCUUUCUCUUAGUGCUGCCAUAUUUCUCCCUUCUUCUUUGCCAGAUUGCUGAAGCUCUUUCAGGUGUCAUGGUGAUCAAGUCCACUCACACAUUCUCAUUUGGACUGACGUCAGGACUCUGUCUCGGCCACUCCGGGACACUCACAUUGUUGUUUUGAAGCCAUUCUUGUGUAGCUUUGGCUUUUAUGCUUGGGCUUGUUGUCUUCUCCCAACAUGCAGGUUUCUUGCAGACUCUUGUCAGGUUCUUCUCCGCUUUUCCCCAUAUUUUGUUGCAUUCAUUUUACCCUCACAAGCCUCCCAGCACCUGCUGCAGAGAAGCAUCUUGAAAGCCUGAUGCUAUCACCUCCAUGCUUCAUGGUAGGAAAUGGAGCGUUUGUGAUAAUGUGCAGUGGAACGUGGUGUUUAGUCUGGUGGCCAAAAAGGCGCCGUUUUGGUCUCAUCUGACAACAGAACCUUAUUCCUCUUUUGUGAAGAUGUCCUGUGUGUUUUAGUCUCUUUGCCUCUCUCCCAUAAAGCGAGUAGCAUCCACUAGCAGAGCCACAGCACCAUACGUCACCGGCAGUUAUAGAUCGGUAGAUCGGACGUGACGUCACCACUAUUUCAGGACUGACUUCAUAAAAUUACUUUUGGAAGGUUUCAGCAGGUGUUGGCAAAGCCCGAAAAAUUCAGUCUUAGUCACUGUUACUUGUGACUCCUUCAGAUUUCUCAGAGGCCUUUCUCCCACCGCAGGGAGGACGAGAGCUCUGUUUCCAAAUUUCCCGGUUAAAUAGAACCCAGAAAAAGUUCCUAUGGCAUGGAAGCACCUUGAGUGGCCUCCCUCACUCAUCUUGUUCAGUUUUUGUUGGCAGAUUUGCCAUACUGCUUCCAUGUCUUCAUGGUUGAUUUAACUGGAUAGUCAGUGACAGAGUUGCUUGUCACUGUGUAGGUCAGGCCGCCAUUGUGACUUGCCACAAGUUGGACCUUCCAGGUACAAUCAAUUGAAACGGACGGACUGAACGAAGGAUGGAACUUCUUAACACCAAUGGGCUGCACGAGGGGUGUCAUCUCAAAGGGGGUGAAUACUUAGGCUAGCAUUUAUUUUGGUCAUUGAGUUAGACCACUUUGGAAAGAUCUCUGUUCACUUUGACAUUAAAAAGACUUUUUUUAGUUGAUCAAAAUGUCAAAAAAAGUCAAAUGAAAUCCACUGGGAUCCAAUGUUGCAUAUAACAAGAAACUGGGAAAACUUCUGAGGGGUGAAGACUUUCACAGGAAUAGGUAGAUCAAUAAAUAGAUAGAUGUGUGUGGUCCAACAUUUUCUCAAAAAUCUGCUCUUCCUCUCAUGAAUUAUCAAAGCCAUGUGUUGUACUUCUGCAUAUGAGAACUUGAAAUGCCCGCCUGUCAAAAAUGUCAGAAGGGCUGUGCUGAAACAUUUAAACAGGUAAAUGUACUGCUCAAAAAAAUGAAAGGAACACUUUUGAUUCCGAGUAUAGCGUCAAGUCAAUGACACUUGUGGGCUAUUGAUCUGCUCAGUUCAGUAGCAGAGGGGCUCGUUCAUCAGUUUCAGCUGCUUUGGUGCACUACUAGAGGGGCAACAAUGAGAUGACCCCCAAAACAGGAAUGAAUGUCAUAACUGGUGGAGGGAGGCCACUGACAUUUUACCCUCUGCAUCUGUUUUGUCACUCGUUUUCCAUUUGACUAUGGUCAUUGUCACUACUGGUAGCAGGAGGCCAUACCUGGACCCUACAGAGCUGGCACAGGUAGUCCAACGUCUCCAUCAAUACUUGCCAUUACCAGAGGGUCUGCUGUGUCUCCCAGCACAGCCUCAAGGGAAUGGAGGAGAUUCCAGGAGAUAGGCAGUCAGUUCCUCUAGGAGAGCUGGACGGGGCCCCUCGUAGAAUGUGAAUUUCCCCUUGGGAUUAAUAAAGCUAUCUAUCUAUCUAUCUAUCUAUCUAUCUAUCUAUCUAUCUAUCUAUCUAUCUAUCUAUCUAUCUAUCUAUCUAUCUAUCUAUCUAUCUAUCUAUCUAUUAUAUAGUGCCUUUCACAUCUAUCUAGAAGGUCCUUAAUCCAUCAGCAGGACCCACCAGAGGAACAGGAUGCUCACUGGCAGAGCCUACAAAAUGACCUCCAGCAGGCGCACUGGCCACUGGUGUGAAUGUCUCUGACCAAACAAUCAGAAACAGACUUCAUGAGGGGGGCCUGAGGGUCCAACUACGUCCUCUAGUGGGCACCGUGGAGCUUGAUUGGCAUUUGCCAUAGAAUACCAGAAUUAACAGGUCCAUUUAAUUCCUUUCAUUUUUUUUGAGCAGUUUAUUCCUGUAACGUUUCCCUCCAAAUCUGAGUUGUGCCAACCUUGAUUAUGGUCUGCCUUAGCAUUCACUAAGCAAUGUCUGAUCCUGUCCCUGUAAAGACCCCCUUGGGUUAACUUGAUGAUAUUCGAAUAGGAUAUUUGGAAUGGGGGGGGGGGGGGUUCUUUUGGCGGUGCACACUACCACUUUUUCGGCUUUCAUGUUGCUUGACAAGUACCCGAGUGUGUGCCAUUGUGUAGCUUGGGUAUGCUGGAUAUUAAACUUGCUGUAAGGCU